AUGCCAGAUACUGUCGAGGUGCGCGAAGCUGACAAUGGAGCCCCGCUCCAACGCGUUUCAAUACGAUGUCCCGCCUUCAAUGCCGAACGUCGAGCGUUAUGGUUCGCCCAGCUCGAGGGACAGUUUCAUCUAUCUGUGAUUAACGAUGAAGUAACGAGGUAUUACUAUGCCUCGUCUCAUCUCGAUCCCAAGGCCGCUGCUGAGGUGCAGGAUAUCCUCCUAAAUGUGCCUGUCGAGACAUCGUACACACGUCUCAAGGAGAUGCUCGUCGAACGCCUCACGCUCUCCCGGGACGUACGACUCCAGCAGCUGCUCGACCGAGAGGUAUUGGGUGACAGGAAGCCCUCGCAAUUCCUGCGUCAUCUCAGGAGUCGCGACGACACGGUUCCUGACAACAUUUUACGCACCAAGUGGCUCAGCCGACUGCCGAUGACGACGCAGUCCGUCCUGGCUUCACAAGCGGACAUGGCUCUCGACAGGCUUGCAACACUCACCGACAAACUGCACGAGAUCGCAUUGCCGGUAGCCCACAUCAAUGACGUCCAGGAGCCAACGUCCUCAGCCCUCGAGACACGCUUUGAAUUAGCCUCUACGCUGAUUCAAGGAAUCUCUACGCUUCUACGCUGA